UAGAUGUGCUAUUUCAGCGUUCGAAAUCGGAUUAAGGAUAUUGAAAACUUACCAGAAUUUUCCGGCUUUGAAGAGUUGACAGUAGGAGUCGGACCUCUCCAUGUAAUGUGAUUUAUAAUAUCAACAAAUGAAUUCUAUCCUUGACUUGAAAAUCUGUUUAGAACCACUAGUUUUCGGACUUAAUAGUCUCCAUGUACAAAAGGCGGACUAUGGAUAGAUGGAGUCAAUGUUGAAGUCAAAAGAAUAUUUACUCUGUAUAUACACCUGCUUCUUAUAUUUCUGCAAUGCACAGUACACUACACAUUUUGGAGUGUUCGUUGACGACGAAAACCUACAGAAGUUUUCAGAUUUAACAGAUUCGUUUUUCAAUCAAACAGACCCAUCUUCUGUCAGUAUAACACUGAAUUUUUACAAUGAAACGCCGACGCUUGUUCUGGACGACACAUAUAUUACUGAUGAGUUGGCAUACGAUGUUAACUCUACGAAUGGCAUCGUUUUGAUCGAUGUUGAGAAGGAUACUACUGGAGUCAUGUGUCAUGUGGCUCAAUGGACCAAUACAUCCUUCGUUACUUUGUCGUCCAACAUACAGGAUGACUGCAAACCGACAUAUUACCUACAGCCCAGUUUCCACGAAUAUCUUGAGAUGUCUUUAUCGUUAUUUCAAAGGAGCGACAGCGGAUUCCUAGAGGUUAUUCUACUGACAAAUACAAAAUUUGAAAUUGAUACGUCAGUCUUUGUCAGUGACAACGAUACCUUAUACUCUGUUCGUCUGUAUAACCUGUACAACAUGAAUACCUCCAACCUAGCAGAUUCCCUGUACACGAGUUUAACUGAUGGGACAACUAAUAGAUUUAUAGCCAUUGGAACAUACACAGAAAUUACCGAUAUUUUAGUAGCAGCAAAUAAUACAGCCAACCGAAAGGAAGACCAAUGGAUAGUGGUUCCUAUUGAUUCAUUUGAAUGUCCUGGGAACAUAUCAAUGUUUUCUUUUGUGUGCAUUGUCCAGUAUGAUGCUAAUUAUACGGGUCAUAAAAAUGUAGAUGAGCAUAUAUACGAUUUGUAUCUUUCAAAGUUAUGGAAAGCGAUUAACACUUAUGUCGACAACACUUUAUACGUAACUCAAAAUCUGAAUGAUUAUUUAACAACAACAAUAAACGCCAGCAAUACCUCUUCCCAACUGAACAUUAUAAAAUAUAACAAUAAUGGAAGUGCUAUGACUGAAUCAUUGAUUGGCUAUUGGACAAGAUCGAAUGGAUUGUAUACCACGGAGGUUGCUUUUUCCAACGUUACAGAAAAUAGGUUAACUGUUGUUCUGAUACAUGAACCACCUUUUAUAACUAAAAUAGAAACAGCAGACGGUGUACGAUAUGAAGGUUAUACAAUUGAUAUACUAGAUGAGAUAGCAAGAAGACUUAAUUUUGAGUACUCUUUUCACUAUGUUCCGGAUGGAGAAUAUGGUGUUCUACGUUCUGAUGGAACUUGGUCUGGUAUCAUUGGUGAAGUUGCAAGAGGGGCUGCAGAUAUUGGAAUUGGACCAAUAUCUGUAACGGCAGAAAGAGAGACAGUCAUAGAUUUCACAGCACCGUAUUAUGAUUUUGCUGGGCUGCAAUUACUCAUGCGCGACCCAACAGUGUACAAUGACAUGUUUGCAUUUGCGUCAGCUUUCACAGGGAUAGUAUGGGUUACAUGGUUUAGUAUUCAAAUCAGCACGGCUGUGAUACUUUACUUUUUCCAUAGACUCCAGCUGAAAACGUUUGCUGCUAAACCACAGCAUAAUCCAUUUAGCUUUAAAGAAUGCGUAUGGUUCGUUAUGGGAUCGAUUACGUUAGCAGGUGCUGAUCGCAGUCCAAUUACAUUUUCUAGUAGAAUUUUAGUUGCUGGAUUUUGGUUUUUUUGUCAAAUAAUGAUGGGAACAUAUACAGCCAAUUUGGCCGCUUUUAUGACGUCAUCACGUUUGAGUUACUCGAUAGAAUCAUUGGAGGAUUUAUCAACACAGACAUCGAUAUCAUAUUCUGUUUUAAAGGGAACUGUUGGUGAAACAUACUUCAGUAGAAUGGCUAAUAUAGAAAAGAAUUUUUACGAUUUGUGGAAAGAAAUGAGCUAUGAAUCUGAUAAUGUUGGCAAUUUUGCUGUAUGGGAAUAUCCUCUAGGAGAAAAGUAUACGAAGAUAUGGAAUGCAAUUCAAUCCACAGGUCUAGUCCAAACAACAGACGAUGGUAUUCAAAGGCUUGUAUCUGACAAUUUCGCAUACAUUCACGAAACACCCAUGAUUAAGUAUCAAAUGAAUAAACAGUGUGGACUUCUUACAAUCGGUAGUCCAUUUAGUUCAAAACCGUAUGCGCUAGUUUUACAGCAAAACUCUCCGCUUCUGGAUUCAAUAUCGAAAACAAUAUUACAAAUGCAAUCAGAAACAAUUAUAACAGAGCUUAAAGACAAGUGGUGGAAGAAUAGUACGAUUACCUGUCCAUCCACUGAAGGGAACCAGGGAUUAUCUAUGGAAGCCGUUGGUGGCAUAUUUAUCGUCAUGGCAAUUGGAUGUGGAAUAAGCUUUCUUAUACUAUUCAUUGAGCUGUCUUGGACGAGAUACAAAAGUGUAAAGCAAAUCAAUAAGAUUAAGGAAAACGAAAAUAAGAUGGAAAUGAAAGACAACCAUGCAUUUGAGGACAAAGAUGAGCUGGGAGUUCCACGUAAAACUGAUGAAGAUAACCUAUCGAUUAUAGAUUUGAACAAAUACGGUUAUAUCUGACUGUUAUGAGAUACAUGUAACUUUCUUAUAAAACAUUAUACAAUCUAUGUUCAUCACGAAUCUAAUUUAUUUAUUUUUCAAAAAUGAUUUUGUAAAUUUUGUGUUAUGAGAUAAAUUUCUUGUAAAUCUUUAAACUAUCAAUGUUCAUCACUAAUCUAAUUUAUUUAAUUUUCAAAAAUCUUUUUUGUAGAUUUUGCCUUUGUAAUAAAUCUUAGAAAAUGUUGUCAA